CACCGCGGCGAGCGCGAAAGAAGCAGCAAGCCACCAUGGGCUGGGUCCGCCCGCUCCUCGCCGCCGCCGCGCUCCUCUGCUGCUGCUGCUACGGCGGCGCGGCGGCGGACGCGGUGGCCGAGUCGUGCGACGCGAUCCGCGACUUCGUGGACGUCUCCUUCUGCGCGUCGCGGCUGCGGUCCGUGCCGGGCGCGGCCGCCGCGGACCGGCACGGCCACCUGCUCAUGGCCGCAGACCUGGCGGCCGCGAGCGGGGCCUCGGCGCGGGACGCCGCGGCGGCGUUGGCACGCGACGCCGAGGGGACCGGCGGCGGCGGCCCUGCGGCGCGGGACGCGCUGGAGGCGUGCGGGAUCCUGUACGGGGCGGCGUCGGUGCCCGCGCUGCGGCUCAUGCGCGGGUACGCGGCGGCGCGGAGCUGGGGCGCCGCGCGCGCGCUGCUGCCGCUGACCGGGCAGGCCGGGAUCGGGUGCGACGCCGCGCUCGCGGGCGCGGGAUCCGCGGCGGCCGCGGCCGGGAUGGCCGGAGCCAACCGCGAGUUCGACCAGCUCUCCACAAUGGCCACCGCGCUGCUCAACAAGGCCAGCUAAAGCCGUGGGUGUUGUGCCGUGGCAACUGGCAUGGCAUGCGCGCUGCGGUGAUGCGGCGGCUGGAUCUUCCGGUGUGUCGUGUACUCGUGUGACAUGGCUGGCUGCAUCUGGAGGAACGGAUCAAUGUAAUCAACCUCUAAUUCA